AAGCACAUCGCCGACUCGAAAUUUGUCUUGAAUCCCGUCCGUCGUUUACCCCCCGAGAUUUUGAGCCACAUCUUUCUUUCAUGUAUCCAUCCGGACAGCGAGCUGUUACAGUCCAACGAUAGCGACACGGAUACUUCAUUGCUGGACUCCCUCAAUAUCAAGAAUUCUCCGUGGAACUUAUCCUAUGUCUCAUCUCGAUGGCGUCAAGUUGCUUUAACCACACCUAGUCUCUGGUCAUUCAUCCGGCUCCAACUU